ACCCAAGCUCAUCUCUGGCCACAGGUCAGAAUCAAAUGGAGACGACUUUUUAAUCAACUGCGGAACGUUUACUGCGUUUCAUAAUCAAUAAUUCUCUGCUGGCAGCCCAAACACCGAAAAAACAGCUGGGUAAACCAAACAACAACAGAGCAAAUACAACCAAAUCAAAUGUCAAGUUCGGAAUAAAACUAUAAAAGAAAAUCCCAGGAAGUGGCAGUGAGACACAGUGGCUGCGAAAAAUUGUGCCCGCUAGCGCUGCUAAAACCCGUGGCCAUUAAUUAGCGAUAGAAAGUUCUCCGAUUUGCGGGGUCAACGAGAUAUGGAGGAAACCGCCGCAUCCCCCGCUGCCGCCACAGCCGCGGGAUGCGAUGCUGCCGCCCACGAGAAGACUCCGGACUCGCCGAUCUCCCCCAGCGGUUCCAGUGUCCGGCUGCUGAUUAAGUCAUCCAACCAGCAGUACGAGGAUCUCAAUGUGGACUCUGAUCUCUGCUGGACGGUCCAACGUCUGAAGAAGCAGCUAUCCCUGGUCUAUCCUGGCAAACCGAAAAUCCAAGAUCAGAAGCUGAUUUACUCUGGCAAGCUAUUGGAUGAUUCCCAAAAGUUAUCGGAGGUGAUACGCAGCUAUAAGGAUGUCUACCAGCAGCACCACAUCUUUCAUUUGGUGUGCGCCACAAAGCAAGUAAUAACGCCGCCACCUAAGACUGUUACUGUGCCGCCAAAGGAGGCAGUACCAGCGUCGCAGGAUGGAAGCGGGAAUGCAAAUGAGCUACGACAACGUCAUCCCACACAACAGCAACCGGCACAGCAGGCAGGUGCUGCAUUGCCCACGCCAGGUUUGGCCAAUCCUUGGGCGCAUUUCUGGCAGCAAAAUCAGGCAGCAGCCGCUAGUGCUAGUGCUAUUGGUAACCCUCAUGCUCUGUUCCAGCAGCAGGCACUGAUCUACAACGCUUGGAUGCAGCAGGUGUACGCUCAAUACAUGCAGCAGUACGCUCGUUCUACGUUGCCUGGCUCGAACGAAUCUGUUUUGCCGCCGCUGCCUCAACACCUUAUGACCCAAGUCCCGCUGAUUGCUGCGCGAAAUUUCGCCGAGGCACAACCAGUGGCAGGAGCAGCUGCAGCCCCAGCGGCACAGGCACCACCUGCCCCUCAGAUAAAUGGGGCGCCACUUAACAGACCAAAUUUUCCCAACAUCCAGGAGGAACCCGAAAUGCGCGACUGGCUGGAUAGUUUCUUUAGCUUUACCCGAUUGGCAAUUUUCGUAACAGUUUUAUACUUUAACUCAUCGCCGCUGCGUUGCUUGCUGGUGGUGCUUAUUGCUGGAGCGAUUUAUCUGUAUCACAUUGGUGUCCUACGUCGUCGCCGUGAACGAAACAAUAACAACAUAAACCGUAAUAACAAUGCUGACGAUGCUGCCGCCUUUGCUGCAGUGCAGCAAAUUCAGCGGAUGAUGGAUGCCGCAGUGGAGCGGGAGAACAACGAUCCCCAGGCGGCCAAUGAGCCUGGUGCAGUUCCAGCAGCGGGUCCUGCUGGCGCUGCUGCUGGACAGGAUGUAAUCGAUGCACCAGCUGCUGCUGCUGCUCCCGUUGCAGCAUCCGCUGCUAAUACGGACCCGGCUGAUCUUUCCGCUGAAGCCGUUGCCGUGGAACCACCAAAUGCCAAUAACUCUGUGAUUUCCGUUGUGCGCACCUUUGUCAUCACCUUUUUCACAUCGCUGUUGCCCGAGGCGCCGGCGCUGUAGAGGAUUGAUAUUUGGAAUCUGCAGUGGAACCCAGUGGGACAUCCGCGAACCAGCUUUACAGCUUUACGGCUUUCUUUUUUCUAACCACCCGUAAUCAAAAUGUUAUUCCGUUUCCUUUCGGUUUUGCAUACCUGAAAUGUAGCAAAAACUCACCUUUGUUUUACUAGCUGUAAUAAUCAUGUAUAUUUAUUUUCUGUGCAUGAGACGAGCUACGAUUUCGUGGCCGCUGCUCCAGUAGAUUGUAGAAUUUUAGAUAACUAAGAAAGUAAACUGUUUUUGAUGUGAAUAGUAAAAUGAUUACAAUCUGCACUGAAAUCUGUGCCAGAGGCGAACCUAUAAAACCAAGAUGCAAUUAAAAAUAAAACAUAUGCUUUAACACCAAAAAA